AUUCUUCUUCUUCUUCUUCUUCUUUUGAUCUUUGACGUAUGUUUGAGUCUACUAAAUCCCAAUUCCUCUAAUAUCGCCAUGACAGGACCAGACAUAUUAUUAUACCUUGAUCUGGCUCCAUAUAAUUUCUCCAGGGCCCAUACACGAUGUAUUUUUCCUUUUCUUUUUUUCCUUUCAUAAUUUUCCUUCCGCUAUGCCAGCCAUGUGUCUACUCUUCCCGCCACCUCACAGCGAUGAGCUGUAACACCUGCAUGGAGCACAUCCUAUCUCGUCUUCUCAUUGGCUGCUUCAUUGCAUUGACAUGCUCUUGUCUAACGGGUCUUUCCCGCCGACACAUGGCCGCACGGUGUUUCGAGCCCGAAACGCAAAAGCAUCGUUGUCGAGUUGGCAGCCGUCAAAACCAAUAGGCGGGUCUUGGACCAAAUGGCCACGAAUGCUUCGAGUUAGGUUCGCGAUGUGGCACGAGCAGAGGCGAAGCCGCGACUGGG